GGCUAUUAAUUCUUUAUGCUUCUGCAGGUUGUGAGUGGCGAUCUUGUUUGUGAUGUUCCCCCAGGGGUAGUGGCAGCUGCUCAUAGGCGACAUGAUGCCAUAGUGACCGCAAUGCUUUGCUCUGCUCGUGUCAGUGGACCAUCAGAGUCUGGUUCUGCUGGUGGAAAGGACAAAGCCAAGAAACCAGGACGCUAUAAUAUUAUAGGGCUGGAUCCCACACAACAAUUUCUUUUGUUCAUAGCAGCUGGAGCUGAAGUUGAGGAAGAUAUUAGAGUUCAGAAGAGCAUUCUCCGUGUAGUGGGGCAGGUCUGUAAAUCUCCUUUGUUAGAAAAAUAUUCUUCAGUGCUUAGUGCAAUGACUGAGAUGAAGUAUGGUAUGGGAAAUGAGGUGACAACAUCUGGUGAUGUGUAUAGUUAUGGUAUCCUUUUAUUGGAAAUGUUUACGGGGAAGAAACCUACCGAUAACAUGUUUAAUGAUAGUCUGAAUCUUCAUAACUUUGUUAACAUGGUUUUACCUGAAGAGGUAGUGAGCAUUGUUGAUCGAACACUAGUUCAACAAAGAGAAAUGGGGAAGGCAAGCACAAGCAUCAACAACACUCAGAAUCAGAGCUCUGCUGACACUCGAAAAAUUCAUGAGUGCUUGAUUUCGAUACUUAAUAUUGGAAUUGCCUAUUCACAAGAAUUACCAGGAGAUCGACUGACCAUUAAUUGUGUUGUUACUCAACUGCAUGUGAUCAAGAACAACCUUCUUGGAACUGAUGGUCUUCAUGGAGGCAGAAGAGCUAAGAUUGCAGCGUGA